ACUGGUAGCUCUAGCAAUAAUAUUAAUAGUAAUAACAAUGGUACUCAGCAUCAAACUAAUCUCAAAUUCAGUAUAGAUAAUAUACUGAAGGCAGAUUUUGGUAGACGGAUAACAGAUCCAAUAUCGUUUAAAAAAUUGCGACCAAAGAAACUCGCGACACGACCUGUUGAUUUGAGCAAAGAUUUUUUAGAAAGUUCACCUGACGGCUCUGAGAGGGGAUCCGAAAAAAGUUCAGAGAGAGGUUCUGAAGUGUCUAUAAGAAAUAUAUCACCUAAUUUACUAGUAUGUAAUCCGGCUUCCAGUGUAACAUCCACGGCAGGCACAGAUUCCUCAAAACUUAUGCAGUGGCCAGCAUGGGUUUAUUGCACGAGAUAUUCCGACAGACCUUCUUCUGGACGAAGUCCACGAACGCGACGUACGAAAGUGAAGGAUGAACUAAUUAGAACAGCUGUACCAGAGGAAAAGCGACCUCGAACAGCUUUCAGUAUAGAACAAUUAGCAAGAUUAAAGCGUGAAUUCGCUGAGAACAAAUACCUGACUGAACAACGUCGUCAGGCUCUUUCAAAAGAGUUAGGUCUCAACGAGGCACAAAUAAAGAUUUGGUUUCAGAACAAAAGGGCAAAGAUCAAGAAAGCAAGUGGCCAGAAGAACCCAUUGGCGUUACAAUUAAUGGCACAGGGCCUUUACAAUCAUUCAACGGUACCGCUAUCGAAGGAUGAGUUGGAACAAGCCGCUGAACUACAAGCGAAUGGAAUAUAAAAAAAAACAGAAAUAUGUAUACUAUGAAGAAAUCAAACAAUUCUAAAAAAUCCUUUAAACUGUCUGACAAACAUCCUUUAAUUUAAAAAUUGGAUUUUACAGAGCUGUAUUUCCGUAAAUACAUCUAGAGAUUGUUUAUUGAUUAACAUUUUUUUUUAAUAUGACAAUAUAAUACAUCUUAAAUGCAAAAUAAAAGAAAUUAUUCGAGCCAAUUCGCCAUUAUCCAUAUACAAAUGGCUAAUUAGUAAUUGAAGACAGGCAAUUGAAUGAUGGAGAAAGAGUUCUUUAUAUAUA